UGUGCAUAGCCUGAAUAACUUGAUUCUGAAAAGUACCCUUUUUUAUUUUUUCUAGGUAGAGGACGCCAAACAUACUACAGAGAAGGAAAGCUUAAAUUUGUGAUUGAGAGAAGGCAAAAACAACUCAUUGAAGAUCUCGAUUAUAUCUCCGAUCUCUUCGAUACGGUGUCGUUUAAGAAAUUGCCUACUCAGCCAGAAUUCUGAUCGGCCAUGGCUCCGCCGGCACAGUCUCAGCGAUCUCCGUCGCCGUCUCAACCUUCAGGGAAAAGCGAAGUUUCCGAUCUCAAAUCACAGCUUCGGCAGCUAGCUGGUAGCCGAGCUCCGGGAGUUGAUGAUUCGAAGCGAGAACUUUUCAAGAAGGUCAUAUCUCAUAUGACAAUCGGCAUUGAUGUCUCUUCUCUUUUUGGAGAGAUGGUGAUGUGCUCGGCUGCAUCAGACAUUGUGCUAAAGAAAAUGUGUUAUUUAUAUGUUGGUAACUAUGCCAAGGUCAAUCCUGAUCUUGCUCUUUUGACAAUCAAUUUUCUUCAAAGAGAUUGCAAGGAUGAAGAUCCCAUGAUUCGUGGACUUGCGUUGAGGAGUUUGUGUUCACUGCGAGUGGCAAAUCUGGUGGAGUAUUUGGUUGGGCCAUUGGGAUCAGGUUUGAAGGAUGGUAAUAGUUAUGUCAGGAUGAUUGCAGUCACGGGGGUUCUGAAAUUGUAUUAUAUCUCGGCUUCAACCUGUAUUGAUGCAGAUUUUCCAUCGAUUCUUAAGCAUUUGUUGCUUAAUGAUCCAGAUACUCAGGUAGUUGCAAAUUGUAUUUCUUCCCUACAAGAGAUUUGGACCUUAGAAGCGACCACCUCUGAGGAAGCAUCUAGAGAGAGGGAAACUCUGCUUAGCAAGCCAAUUGUUUACUAUCUUCUGAAUCGAAUCAAGGAAUUUGGUGAAUGGGCUCAAUGUCUUGUACUCGAGUUGGUUGCUAAAUAUAUACCUUCCGAUAGCAAUGACAUAUUUGACAUAAUGAAUCUUCUUGAAGAUAGACUUCAGCACGCAAAUGGUGCUGUUGUCUUGGCCACUACCAAAGUGUUUCUACAAUUGACUUUGUCCAUGACUGAUGUACAUCAACAGGUGUAUGAACGUAUUAAAGCCCCUCUCCUAACACUAGUGAGCUCGGGUAGUCCAGAGCAAUCUUAUGCGGUUCUAAGCCACUUGCAUCUCUUGGUGAUGCGUGCACCAUAUAUAUUUUCCUCAGACUACAAGCAUUUCUAUUGCCAGUACAAUGAGCCAUCUUAUGUAAAAAAAUUGAAGCUCGACAUGUUGACUGCAGUGGCAAAUGAGAGCAACACUUACGAAAUUGUGACGGAAUUAUGUGAAUAUGCUGCAAAUGUUGAUAUUCCUAUUGCAAGAGAGUCAAUUCGUGCAGUUGGGAAAAUAGCACUUCAGCAGUAUGAUGUGAAUGCAAUUGUGGAUCGGCUUCUUCAGUUUCUGGAGAUGGAAAAGGACUAUGUGACUGCUGAAGCUCUGGUCCUUGUAAAAGAUCUACUAAGGAAAUAUCCACAAUGGAGUCAUGAUUGCAUUGCAGUUGUUGGAAAUAUAAGCAGCAAAAAUAUUCAAGAACCUAAGGCGAAGGCAGCUCUCAUAUGGAUGUUGGGAGAAUAUUCCCAGGACAUGCACGAUGCACCAUAUGUUUUAGAGAGUUUAAUUGAAAAUUGGGAUGAAGAGCAUUCUGCUGAGGUUCGCUUACAUCUUCUAACAGCAGUAAUGAAGUGCUUUUUCAAAAGGUCACCAGAGACUCAGAAAGCCUUGGGAGCUGCAUUGGCUGCAGGGCUUGCUGAUUUUCACCAGGAUGUUCAUGAUAGGGCUGUAUUCUACUUCAGGCUUUUACAACACAACAUAACUGUAGCAGAACGUGUGGUGAACCCUCCAAAGCAAGCUGUUUCUGUAUUUGCUGAUACUCAGAGCAGUGAAAUAAAAGAUCGCAUAUUUGAUGAAUUUAACAGUUUGUCUGUUGUUUACCAGAAACCAUCUUAUAUGUUCACGGACAAGGAACACAGGGGUCUAUUUGAGGUUUCAGAUGAGCUUGGAAAUCUGUCUAUUGGGACAGAACUUGCAGAUACUGGUGUUCCAGGUCACAGUGUUGAUGCUAAUGACAAAGACCUUCUUCUUAGUACCUCAGAGAAGGAGGAAACUAGAGGUCCUAGUAAUAGUGAUGCAUUCAGUGCCCCAUCAUACGAUAGUUCAUUGAUCUCCAUUGCUGCUUCACAAGCACAGACAGACUUGAUGAGUUCAAGCAUCACUGGGCCAGGGAAUGCAACAUCCAGUUUUGCAAUUGAUGACCUCCUCGGCCUAAGUGUAUCAGCAACAUCUGAACCAGCACCAACACCUUCACCGCCUUCUCUGAAGCUCAACCCAAAAGCUGUUCUAGAUCCAAGCACUUUUCAGCAGAAGUGGCGCCAACUGCCUAUAUCAUUAUCACAGGAUUAUUCCUUAAGCACUCAGGGAGUGGGAGCUUUGACAACACCUCAAACACUUCUUCGGCACAUGCAGAGCAGUUCCAUCCACUGCAUCGCAUCCGGUGGCCAAUCCCCAAACUUCAAGUUCUUCUUCUUCGCACAAAAGGCUGAAGAAUCUUCUACAUUCCUUGUGGAGUGUAUAAUCAACACAUCAUCUUCCAAAGCUCAAAUCAAGAUCAAAGCUGAUGACCAGAGUGCAUCUCAGGCAUUUUCGUCCUUGUUCCAAUCAGCUCUGGCCAACUUUGGUUCAUCAUGAGUGCAUUAAAACUCAGGGAUAAGUAUCUUUCAGUGUUCUUUGAUGAGUAAUAUCGAAAAUCAACAUGAGUAAAGAGGCGUAAACUGUAGAAACAACCUUUUUCUGUUUUCUUUGGAUGGCUGUAGAUUGGUGUACAAUAAGUUUAUGUAGUCAAGGCUUCCAUUUUUUCCCAAAUUAUAUUUAUGCAAUUUUAGUAUACAUCUCUCUCAACGUUCGACACACACUGAUUCAUCUUGAAAUAUGAAUCAACCGUUUAAUUUGUAGUUUGUUUUCUUUGAAAAUCCUCACUUCACUAUAGUUUCGCCACUCCAUGGUCACAACGGUGGUCUGUGUAUUUUGUACUUGCUUGGAGGCUGCGUUCUGUGAUUUGCAAUUCCCAUGUACAUGUUUGCUUCU